AUGCCUUCCAUUCGCGGGUCCCGCAACCGCUUGCUGCUUGCCAUGCUCUCUGUGCUUCUCUUGUCAAGCACUGCCCAAGCCAGGCCAGCUCUCACAACAGAUCCUCGCUACCUCCAACGGCCCGAGACCCACGACGAUCCCGCAUCAGUUCUUGGAGACGUGGUAGGCAAUUGGCUGCACAGCUGGUGGGGAGAGACGCCCGAACCAGCCAAGGUCUCCAAGCAUAACAAGCCGUCAGCUCCGGAGGGCAAAAAAGACGCCACGAGCCUCAAUCAAGGAGCACUGCCUGCACAAAACGCCGCACUCCUAGAUGUCAACCCGCCCGCUGAGCCUGAGAACAGACUGCCGGCUGCCCUUCCCUUUGAUGACGUGGAUGAGAAUGGCUAUGCCCACAUGGACCGGCCGGCCGAUCCGUGGGAAGUCGCCAACCGGCUCCGGCAGCAGCAGAACGUGCACCCGCCCGACGUGGACGACGGUUAUGUCUCUGAUUUCUCCGAGAGCGGCGAUGAGAGCCUCUCCGGGCAGUCGUCCAGACCCGGAUCGCCUUAUCACGACGAGGCAAACGAGCCCUCGAGGCCCGCAACGCCCGAGCCCUUGGAGGGCGGCGAGGCCUCAGGCGCGUCCAGUGGAUCUCCGUCGUCUUCCCGGGCCGGAACGCCCCCGCCCGAAGACGCCGAGGUUCCCAGCACAUCGCGCGGUCCCGCUCCUGCGUCCCGGCCGGUCAUGCCGCCGGUUGACGAGGCCGCCGAGGCUGGCGGUGCAUCCCGCGUUCCCUCUAUCGGGGGUUCUCGUCCUCCAAUCGUCCGGGGAGGCCAGGCCGGCGGUCAGGCAGCGUCCCUUCUCGAGGACGCGGAGAUCAGCUCGGCCGCCACUACAGAGGCGACUGUGGGGAGCAUUCUUGCGAGCAUAGGGACUCUUCUCCGCUGA